GCGCUGAAAAACAAGGAUAUUAUGUUCAAAAUCCAAAUAUUUAUGAUCAACAAAGAGAUAGCAUUAGUAGCAAUCCUGUAGGAGAAAGUUCUCCUGUACCACACUUUCAUAAUUAUAACAUACCUCGUCGUGAAAGCAAUUCUUCCAUCUCUGGUCAGAUUUAUGAGCGAUCCACUAGUCCUGCAUUUAAUCCCAGACAAUAUUCUUCACCAACCCCUCCUCCGAUUAUACGACAAGUAAAUCAACCACCAUAUAUGCAACAAUCGUCUCAGCAACCUUAUCAACAGAGAUCCCCUCGUAUGCACAAUGUGGCUGGACCACAAAAUUCAAUGUCAUCUCCGAUAGUUAGGCCCCGACAUGACAUAAAUAAUCCCCAACAACCACCACCUGAUUCUUAUUAUCAAGGUGUUUCAGUACCAAUUCCAAAUGUUUCUGUCCAAGAUUCUUAUAAACAAAGUGCUUCAGUACCACUUCCAAAGGUCCCUGGCCAAGAUUCUUAUUAUCAAGGUGUUUCAGCACAAAUUCCAAAUGUCCCUGGCCAAGAUUCUUAUUAUCAAGGUGUUUCAGCACCAAUUCUAAAUGUUUCUGGCCAAGAUUCUUAUUAUCAAGGUGUUUCAGCAACAAUUCCAAAUGUCUCUGGCCAAUAUAAUUAUGACCCAUCCCAUAAUUACUAUAAUAAUCAAGUGCCUCAACGAUCAAUGAUUGGUUAUGGUCAAGCGUAUUAUCCAGGAGAGGACAAUGAAAUAUCACAAAAUAACAUGUAUAAUCCGCAAGACCAAAUGAAUGCCCGAAGAUAUAAUAAUUACAACUAA